UCGGGCGGCGCGCGGGCACCUGCAGCGGCUGGGGGCCUGCGGCGGCCUCCCGGCGACGCUGGCGGUAGCGGUGCGGCACCAGGAUGAUGGCGGCCGCGGAGCUAACGGUGCUGGGGCGCUGCUGGCUCUGGCUGGUGGUGGGGCUGCAGGCGGUAACAGUAUAUGGAGCGCAGUUGUCAUCAGAAGCUUGCAGAGAACUGGGCUUCUCCAGUAACUUGCUAUGCAGUUCUUGCAACCUUCUUGGACAGUUCAGUCUGAAUCAGCUGGAUCCAUUCUGCAGGCAGUGCUGCCAAGAGGAAGCUCAGUUGGAAACCAGAAAGCUUUAUGCAGGAGCUGUCCUAGAGGUAUGUGGAUGAAAAUUGGGAAGGUUCCCUCAAGUCCAGGCUUUUGUCAGGAGUGACAAGCCAAAACUCUUCAGGGGACUGCAAAUCAAGUAUGUGCGUGGUUCUGACCCUGUACUAAAGCUGCUGGACGAUAGUGGGAACAUUGCUGAAGAACUGAGCAUCCUCAAGUGGAACACAGAUAGCGUGGAAGAAUUUCUAAGUGAAAAAUUAGAACGUCUAUAAAAUUUUCAGUUCUUUUCCUUUUUCAUGUUUUGUCAUAGUAAUCUUCUCAGAUGAAGUUUGCCACAAUUGAAAAACCAUUCCAGCUUCUGUAUUAAUUUUUUACACAUCUGUUAUGCUGUACUAAAUAUCUCUUAAUUAGAAGGGGAAGCUUCAGCACACACAUCUGACAAGUUGACAAACAGAAUAGCUUGUCUUAAUAUAUCUCAGCUCUUAGUGCAUUUAUCACUAAUGAAAUGCUUUGUUACAAACUUAAUUGUGCAAUUAUCAGUUUGCUAUAAUUGGACCUGCUUUUACAAACAUUCUUAAAACUAAAGAGCUUCAAAUAAUUGAAAUGAUUACCAUGCUUUUUAUAUGCUGCUCUUUGUAAAAAGAUCAGAACCAAAUGCCAGGUACUGUCUCCCAAAGAAACUUGACUCCUGGUGUCCUCUUCUAUUUUGUAUUUGAACUGUCCUUUUUUAUAAAAGAGUUCUUUAUAGUGAGUAUCUAGUUCACAGAUUUUGAAGCUGAUGGAGGAACUCAUGCUCUGAUAACUGUGAAACAUUUAGUAAGUACACUUUAGUGAAGACUACAUAGAAAACCUCUGAGGUGUAUGCAAGUCAGAUGUCUGGUGUGCUUUGCAUUAAAUGUUUUGCUUCAGAAAACAUGAGACAGAAGGAAAGGUUUUUCAAGGCUGUUAUAAAUAACUUUCCGAAGUUUAUUAGAAGUUUGUUUAUCAAAUGAAUUUAUAAACUGUUCUUUUAAAAUGCAUAUUUUUUUCUUUUUCAGUUAAAUUUUAUGUGAAUAAAGGGAAUACAGACAGUAGGUAAUGAGUCAGAUCAAUUAUGACUUGUCAGGUUUCUUCCCCACUGAAUGAAUAAAUAUGGUAAGCAAGA